AUGUUGGCAAUAAAUAAAAAAUUGAACAUCUUUGCAGUGGAUUUACCACUUGGAGAAAUCGACAAAACUCGGACAGCGGUCCAGAACGACGAUGAACGCGAAAUAUGGAGGAUUUUGGUGGAUGAAUUGGGAAAAAAGUGGCAAAGAAAGAGGAAUAAACGAGGGAACGAAGAGAAGUUGAGGAGAGCUCUAGGGGAGUCUGGCUCGGAGGAUCCCACCGCUGGUUUCUCCUCCCUUCCCCCCUCAUAUAUUCGCCUCUCCCCCGACAUCCAGGCCUCCCCUGCUCUAUUUCCUCUUCCCAUUCCCCUCAUAAUUCUUCUCCCUACUCCAGUCAUGCCUCUUUGUCGAAGAAAGAGAGUGAUUCUAAUUGAACCUUCAGAGAUCCUCCUGGCAACCGCAAGAUCCAAUCCCAAUAAACAGGUCUUUCUAUUGGAGCAGACAGGCGAAAUCUUUGAAUCGUAUGAAGCCUAUGCGGCACGUAUGUCUUUCUAUAGAUUGAAACAAUUCCAAUGUGAAGUUACCGGCAAGAGUGGUCUCGAUUACUUUCAAGCUGUCGAAAGUGAACGCCAGGAAGCCCGAACGCUGCACGCUCGAUUUUCAGAACCUCUGAAGCCCGCCAUCCUCAAAGCUGUCCAAUGGCAGGUCAUGAGCAGGUUGGAUCAUCUCGUAGAGGCUGUAUAUGAACGUUUCAAGGACAGAUAUUUUGCUGGCGAAAAGGUACUCGUCGAUCUUACGGGCACCAACUUGGUCCGCUACGUCGGCUUGGUCGACAAAGUAUACCCACCAAAGUACAGUAACGAUGCGAGUGCCAGGGAUGCCUACGCUGAGCUACAGUCCGCUGCAGAGGUGUCUGGAAGACCAUUCGAUCAAAUUAUACCCCACCCAAUCGGUGGCGACCUCAAGGUCCCCGUGAAGGAAGUCAAUGCAAAAGACGAUCCUAACUUGUACUAUUAUUGGGUGCAGAUAUUAGAACCCGAGAAAGAAAAAGGGGAAAGAGGUGGCAAGUCCUCCGGGAAGAAUUCUGAUGAAAGCAGCAGCAACGUUAUUGGAAGCCUUAUGGAGGUUCAGUGCGGAAGGAUGAGUCGCGAUCGACUGUCCUUUUCCAAGUCCAUCGUACGACGCUUCAUUCGCGACUGUGUAGAUCGUGAGGCUUCUAUUGCCUCUCCCUGGACUGUCAAACCUGAAAUCGCCAGACGAUAUGGCGUCGAGUCAGUUAUGCCCGAGGAAACGCGGAUAGGAGUAGAAAUUAUGAAAAAAGGCGAGAGUGACAAGCGAAAGAAAGCCUGGGAGGACAAGGAUGGUCCACCUGCUAAAAAGCAAAAGAAAGGGAACGCUAAUGUGGAGGAGAGCGCAAAAGCUGCAGCCCUUGCCGCUGAGAAGCGAGAACGAGAAGAGAAAGCAAAAAGAGAGGAGGCGGAGAGGCUCGCAGCUGAGAAGAAGAAGAAGAAGAAACCCAUACGAUAUCCCACUGAAGACCUUGAUGUGCGAAUCACGGACAAGGACAAGAAAUCUGGAAUGAAAGUCAAACGGCCUAUCCCAAGUCGCGUCGCUCUACCCUUUCAGGACAAUUUAAGUACUUUUGAACACUUCCUUUACGCCUGGAAUUUCUUAGUUGUUUACGGUCAACCCUUACACCUCUCGACAUUUACCCUAGACGAACUCGAGCAUGCUAUAAGACACAGUCAUGCCGAACUCCCGUGUCCUCUGCUAGCGGAGGUUCACUCGACGCUCAUCUAUAAUUUACGAACGGUGCCGUUCCAGAGACAUAGCGCGAUCGUUUCCAUGCUCCGUUGUAAGGAAACCCUAGCAGAAUCUGAAGACAAGAUACUAGGCAUUACUUUGGACCAAUUGACCGCUGCCAUGGCAGACAUUGGUAAUAACUGGGAGCGAGUUCCGCUUCGCCAUUCAGAAUGUCGGGAUGGAUGGGAGGAAGCGCUUAUAGGAUGUUUAAAAGAUCACGCUACUCUUGAAAAUUUCCCUCGCGUUAGAGAAAUCUUUAUCAAACUCCUUUUUUCAACCGAUACGUCAACGGAUCGAUUGUCGCCCUCCUCCGUCGCAAGCGCGUUGACCGAGUCCUCUGGACCAAACUCUCAGAACAGUGUUUCUUAUAGGUAUCACUCACUCCCCCCUCAGGACCGCAUAGCCAUCUUGUCAUUCAUGUGCAAUCUCGCCAUUUCAAGCAAGGCGAUCCAUGUCCAUAUGGAGACUUGCGAGGAGCAGCUGACGGCUCUGAGGAAAGAAAAAAUAGAAGUCAACCGUCAAAAGAAGCAAUACGCCGAGGAGAUGAGUGCACUUUUACAGGAGACGAAAGAAGAAGCAUCGCCCCCGGCGGACGAGGACGUGGUUAUGCAAGAUUCUGGAGAUGUUUCGGAUGCUGGUGGUUCUGAGAGUGGCUCUGAAAUAUCGAAUGGAAGCAAAGGGAAAAAGGGAACGUCGCGACAAAAGGACCUUCGUCAAAAAGCACAAUUGCAGGCACACGCCAAACAACGUGAAGCUGCGCGGGCUAAGCAAGCGUCGGUGAAGCUGGCUCUCGCCGAACGCCGACGGUUAGACGAAGAAGUCAAUAAGUUGGAACGUCGCUUGGAGGGCAUUGAACGAGAGUUCAGAAAGUUGCUAGGAGGUGUCAGGGUUAAACCCUUAGGGAAGGAUCGCUUCCAUAACCGGGUGUGGUGGUUCGAUGGACUGGGAGCUGCGUCUCUCGUUGGUAGCGGUGGUGUGGCACAGUACGGUACGGGGAGGAUAUUUAUCCAGGGGCCGAGUGAAUUCGACGAGGAGAUGCUUAACCGCAGAGACGAUGACAUAGAGGGUAGACGACUUGAGGAGGAGGGUAUAGAAGGGAGACUCGGACCUAGAGAAUGGGCCGUUUAUUCAGAUAUAGAAGAGCUUGAUGAAUUUGUGGCGUGGCUCAACCCCAAAGGGCAUCGUGAGCUGGCGCUCAAAGGAAUGCUCAGCAAGUGGUGGAUAUAUAUAACUGCAGGGAUGAGGCGGCGUAUAGCGGACGUCAAUGCACAUGCCAAGUUACCUGAAGCACGAAGAAGUGCUCGGACAAAAGCCCAUCAUGAUGUCUCUCGCGAGCCAUACAUGCUCUGGGCCAAUCGCAGAGCUAUCAAUGCCUCUUGA